GCAUUUUCGCAACGUAUUAUUACGACACCGCUCCUCAAUCACAAACUCGUGCCGUGGACAAGUCCAGAAGUUUCCAAAAAAUCCUUGUAGUCAUUGAAUGCGAUCGAGAUGGGGAGAAAGAAAGGGGCAACGUCAAGUCUUGGAAAGGGUAUCUUAAAAGACAGAUCGAAGAGUUCUAAAUCGAGUAUAGUUAACGAUUCUUGGCUUCACACAAGUGAGCUUAACGACGGGUAUGACUGGAACAGGAUUAAUCUGAGAUCUGUCACGGAGCAGAGCAAUCUAGAGGAUUUCUUGGAGACCGCAGAGCUUGCUGGAACAGAAUUCACAGCAGAGAGGCUGAAUGUGAAGGUAAUUGAUCCAGGCCAGCACACAGGUUUACCAUCGGCAACAGAGAGUAUUGAGAUCAGCAAAGCCCAGAGAGAGAACCUUGCUUUUCUACAGAUUCCUAGGAGACCAAAAUGGGAUUCCACGACAUCGGCAGAGCAACUCAACCAGAUGGAGAAAGAAGCGUUCUUGGAAUGGAGGAGAGAACUCUCAUUACUGCAGGAGAAGGAUCAUAUUGUCCUGACACCGUUUGAAAGAAAUCUUGAUUUUUGGAGGCAGCUAUGGAGAGUGAUCGAGAGGAGUGAUGUGAUCGUCCAGAUUGUGGAUGCCAGGAAUCCUCUUCUCUUCCGCUGUCUUGACUUGGAGAAAUAUGUGAAAGAAGUCAGUAGCGAUAAGGAGAAUAUAAUCUUGAUCAGCAAAGCAGACCUAUUGACUCAAGCACAGAGAGAAAAGUGGGGCAAGUAUUUCUCCCAACAGGGUAUCCGGGUAGCUUUCUGGUCUGCGGUCAGAGAGACAGAAAGAAUAGAAGAAAAGGAAGGAAAAGAAGGUGAACCAGCAAUGGCUGAUGAUGAGAAUGAUGAUGACUCAGAGGAUGAAGAGGAGGAGGAAGAUGAUGAUGAUGAUGCUGAAGAAGAAGAAGAUGGAGCACAACGGCUUUCCCCUGAUAAUUAUCUGCCCAGUAGCAUGGAAGGAAUGGUCGUAUCAUCAACGGAUAAGGCAGGAGAUCCCUCGAAUACGAACGAGUCUUGGAACUCAAUAGCAGAUCAAGGACAGAUUUCUGGAGCCAUGCUCCACACAACCGAAGCAACAAGGAGCAUUCAGACAAAUGAACAGGACUUGAGGACAGGGGGUGAUUCUUUGUGCAAUGAAUCAAAUGCGGUGCCUUCAAGAACUGACAUGGAUGCACUCUCAUCACCAAGAUGCGAUGAUGAUAUGGACGAUGAUGUCGAUGAUGUUGUCGACUCUCAUGGUGAUAACCUUUCAAGGACUACCCAUGUUGCAUCAGGAGGAGCAGGAGAUGGUGUUGCAAUGGAGACAUCUUGUGCACCAUCUCCUCCUGAAGGAGAGAUUCAGAAUUUAUCACACCUGUUGACGGGGGAGGAGCUUCUUGGGUUCUUCCGUGAGGUUCACAUGGGAAGGUCAAAGGUCAAUGCCGAGAUUCUGACCAUGGGCAUGGUUGGAUACCCUAACGUUGGUAAGAGUUCUACCAUCAACGCUCUACUCAGGGAGAAGAAGGUACCAGUCUCUGCAACUCCAGGAAGAACAAAACACUUUCAGACAUUGUUCGUAGAGCCAACACUGUGCCUGUGUGACUGCCCUGGACUGGUGAUGCCAUCUUUUGUGUCUACCAAAGCUGAUAUGUAUCUCAACGGUAUUCUACCAAUCGAUCAGAUGAGGGACUUCACUCCACCGGUCUCUCUGAUGUGCCAGCGAGUGCCGAGAGAUGUUUUAGAACUGACCUAUGGAAUAAAUCUGAUUGAGCCAGGAGAAGGGGAAGAUCAAGAUAGACCACCAACGGCUCUAGAGCUUCUGAAUGCUCAUGCUUAUGUGCGUGGUUUCAUGACGCAGAAGGGAGUCCCUGACAGCUUCAGAUCUGCUAGAAUCGUUCUAAAAGACUAUGUCAAUGGCAAGAUUUUAUACAGCAUUCCUCCUCCUGGACUAAGCCCUGAAGAGUUUGGGUCAAUGCACUAUCCAUCCUUGGAGGUCGGCGAGGUCAAAGCAGGGUCACGACCCAAGAAAUCGGCCAACAAACCAAUGAUCACUGCAGGAGGACAAACGGUCAAGAAGUCUGCUGCCAAGAAAGUGGACGAAAGCUUCUUUGCAAAACCCCAAGUUGCACACACCAAGGCAUCGGCCCCGAGGGUGGGUGUGGUUGGAGGUGUGUCCGGGGGCGUGGCUGGAGGCGUGCCUGGGGUUGGCUACCUGGGCAAACCCUGGAAGAAGCAAAAGCGAGGCAAGAAGGAGAAACUGAGGAAAGUGUAUGGACAUCUGGAUGAGAAAUAGAUCAUGUGAACCUUUUGAGGAAAAAAUCAUGGACAAUAUUUGAUAAUACUGAUAAAUUUUAUGGGCAUGAUCAGGAGGCCGCAAGUGAGCUGAAGUAAUAUGAUUAUCUGGGGAGCAUUUCAUGAAAAGUUUAGUCAGUAAUAUUCACGGACUAAUUUGCUGUCAGCCAAUCAGAUGCAAGGAUUUGCAGUAGCUUAUAACAAUAGGCACUGACAAUCACUGAUGCAUUGUUUCAUGAAAUGCUCCCCAUAUCUUUUCUCCAGAGAGAGCCAUAAGAAAAUAUUCAGGUACAUGACUAAUAUAAAGAAAUACAUGUAAUGCUGAGUCAUCUCGGUUAGUUUUAUAAUCAAAGUCCCGAUGGCUUUGGCGGGAUAAAGUUCACCUACAAAAAAAUGAAAUAUAACUUUAUUUCUCGCCUUGAGAUGAUGCAAUAGCUUAGCACUAUAUCUGGGUGAGGACGAGAAGUAAUUGAAGUUAAAAUCAAAUAAUAGCAAAUAGGGAUGAUAUCAUAUUAUAAGAGACCAAAUGAGAAAUCACAACUUAUCGCUCCACAGUUUCAAUUUGUAGCUUGCAAUGUAAGGAAUAGAAGUCAUUGAAAAUCUCUAUUAGGAUUUUCUAAAGCAUGACUGGUUCCCAAGAGAUCACGAUUGAAGUGAAUUGUUAUAUUAAACUUGAUUGUCUUGAACCAUGGAACAACCAGGAAAAAAUGGUUUAAAUUCACUUGGUCUACAGGAUUUAGUCUAUUUUUCUCAGAUGGUCUAAUAUCACAUGGGCUAAAUCCAUUUGGUCUAGUAAUUGAUGUCUGGUCAACAAUACACAAGGUCUAAUACCCACUUUAUUAAUUCUCAUUUAGUGUGAUAUCAAGCUGGUUUAAUAUUCAGCACUUUUUCAAAUUAAAAUAUGAUGCAUACGAAGUUCAUCUGACCAUAUACAUGUAGAUCAAAUAGUAUCAGACCAUGUUGAAAAGUGAACUAGGAUGAUGAAUAUCAUCUGUUCUUUUUUCAAUUGAAACCCUCAAGAUGUUUCUUAAAUGUGACAUCAUGGACAUUCUUUUUGUGGUUUGAUCAUGAAAAUAUAAAUUACAUUUGAUAUCAUACUACUGGAACAAAUUGUCUUCUAUAUCUUCUUUUAUAUAUAUGAAUAUUCAUGAGUAUUCUAAAUAAACGAUUGGUCAAUUCGUGAUCAUGUGACAAAGUAUAAUUUCAAUAGGAAAACACAUCGCUGCAAAUAGCUCCGUUUAUUUUUUUUAUAUACUUUCAUGGGGAGAACUGCGCUUGCUCAUGCUCGAUAUGUUCUCUCAACGUUGAACUGCAGGUGCUCCAUGUCUUGACAGGAUCGAGAUCCGUACCAUUAUUUGCGCAAGUGAAUAAGUAAAACAAAAUACAAGCUCUCGCUAAACUUACUUACUGACAACCUGAAAAAUCUGUGGAUUUGGGUUUAGAUUAUAUAGUAAUUGCCAGUCCGACCUCGGAUAAAUAAUUCCCACUAUACUUUUUCAAAGCCUCAUAUAUUUGUACAAUAUAUUGUAUGUGACUUAAUAAUCUACUAGUAUAUUAAAUUUUGAUCUUAUAAACACAU